UCUUCCCACAAAUAAAAAACACCAAAAUUCCCCCUGUUUUUUUUUCAAAAGUUUAAAUAACCAAAUUUCCGUCUUCUUUCUCUUCCAAAAAGUUGAAUACACCAAAACUUCCCUCUUCUUUUAAAAAUAUCAAAUUGCCAAAUACAUGACUUUACUUUACGAAAUGAAAAAUAAGUUUACCUAAGUUUAGAAUGAAAAUUUUAAUUUGAAAAACUAUGUAUUAUAUGAUAUAAUAAUUAUUCAAUUGGUUUAAGUGAAGUUCGGGUUGAGUCGGUCGAGUUAUGGGUUAGUCGGAUUCAGAUCAAUCACUGGUAUCGACUCUUUCGCAGCCUUCGCCUUUGUCCAUCACUGUCCGCACCACAAACCAUCAUGGCCUGGCGCAAUGGAGCUUCUUCCUUCUCGCGUUCCUUGAUGUCUGCGGCCAGGGCACCAUCUGUGCGUUCCUCUUCAGCUCCGCUUCCCCGCCUCCGCCCGUCGACCACCUGCGCUCCCCGCGUCCAGUCGCGCCGGCUCUCCUUCUCUCCUUCCAGGAACUUUGGAGAGUUGGGAUGCGUCCAGUCUUUCUUGCCACUGCACAGUAUGAUUGCCAAGACCCACCUCACUUCUCAUCUCAAUGCUAAAUUGCGGGCUUUCUGCGAGCUGUCUCAUGGUACCUUCUGCCAUUCUUGUCAGGAUCGCUAGUAUUUUCUUUGUGAGUUUUACCAUUUUUAGGGCACAUGAUGACAUAAAAAGCUGCAUGCCUUUUUUUUUUGGUGUGCCUAUGAAUAAUCUUUGAUAGCAAAACAUUUGCUUUUGUAUGAGCUUCUUAUUGUGUCUAUGAGCUAGGUUGGAUGUUAGUUUUCUGUGCAUUUUGUUUGUAUGAAUAUUGGGAUUGAUAGGAAGGAAUGGAAAAGACGGGUGAUGCAUCAGUCAACCAAAGGCGGAGGAUUCAUGCCAUAACCGUACUUAAAUAGCCAUUGGUUACGCAUAACAAGUUAAUUAAAGAGUCAGCAAUCGGAAGGUGGGCUGUUCUGGUGGGGAACUUAGGCAGUUGAAGUACGGUUUUGAGCGAUGCUUUUAAUAAAGAUGAUUCUUUUUCUUAAGCUAGUUGCUCGAUAAACCAUUACCACUCCAAACUUGUAUGACGAGUUAGCAGACAAUUUUGGUAGGUCAUCUGACAUGAUUAUUGGACAGUUUAUUUUAUGUCAUUGGUUAUUUGCCAUUAUUAACACGUUUGAAAUGUUAAGUCAUCUCUUCUUCCAAGUGUCAUUAUAUGUCUCUGCCGAUUGGAUGUAAAAAUCUAUAUAUCUAUGUACGGUUGAUUUGACUAAAGGGCAGAAGCCCCUCGGGCUCUGUACAUGUCGAAGUGUCUUACGUUAAAGACUCUGAAAAAUUGAG